ACGUUCACAGUACUAGAUUACUAGGAUAUGCUCUCUUUAAUGGGGGGCAUCCAACAUUCAUGUACUUGAAUCCCUCCCAGAUAUAUUGCCUGCAGAUUUUUGAUGGUUUAAACCAAAAUCUUGUGUCUUGGAUAGGAAGCAAAUAUUAAUGCAUUAAUUGCGCAAAUGAUAUAUAACGGCCAUGGCCGCUCGUUCGCUGAAUUGCGACCCAAGUGGUGCUCAGAUUCCCUUCUCGCGUCAUCCAAACCGCUUACCCCACCAAGUCAACGGCCAGAGGCCUCGCAUCCUCUGUCGGCGGCUGCGCCCGCCCCCUCCUACCUCGUCCGCCGCCGGAAACAGAGGAAGAGCUGCUUUUGUGAUGGACACCCAUUUCGAGGGAUCUGGUUUCACAAAGAUCAGUCAUGGGGAGAAGUCGACCGCACCAGGACGCGCUGGCAAGAUACCUAGACCUAAUGCCGUCAUCCUCGGGGAGUCACCUGCAUCUGAAGACUAUGAUCUUGUCUUCCCUAACGAUGAUUUCUCCCGACAGGCCCAUGUCUCUUCUCACCAACAGUAUAUGGAGAUGUAUCGAAAGUCUGUAGAGGACCCCGCCGGAUUCUGGGCUGACAUUGCAUCUCAGUUCUAUUGGAAGGAUAAAUGGGACCCGCAGUUCUGUUUGAAGGAAAAUCUUGACAUAGGCAAGGGGAGAAUUCAGAUUGAGUGGUUCAAAGGUGGGAUCACCAAUAUCUGUUACAAUUGCUUGGAUAGAAACAUAGAAUCUGGAAAUGGUGACAAAGUUGCAAUUUACUGGGAAGGAAAUGAGCCUGGGGUUGAUGCAGCUCUAACAUACAACCAACUUCUUGCAAGAGUUUGCCAGCUUGCAAAUUACUUGAAAGAUAUUGGUGUUCACAAGGGCGAUGCAGUUGUCAUUUAUCUUCCUAUGCGUAUAGAACUCCCAAUUGCGAUGCUUGCUUGUGCUCGUAUUGGUGCUGUUCACUCGGUUGUUUUUGCUGGAUUUUCUGCUGAAUCUCUGGCCCAGAGGAUCAUGGAUUGCAAACCUAAGGUUGUGAUAACUUGCAAUGCAGUUAUGAGGGGAUCCAAGGUCAUUCACCUCAAAGACAUUGUUGAUGCUGCUCUUUUUGAAUCUAAACAAAGUGGUGCCACUAUAGAUGUAUGCUUGACGUGUGAAAACAAAUCAGCUAUGGAGAAAGAAAUGACCAAGUGGCAGGAGGGAAGAGAUAUUUGGUGGCAGGAUGUUGUUCCCAAAUAUCCAAUAACAUGUGAUGUACAAUGGGUUGAUGCUGAGGAUCCACUCUUCCUACUCUACACCAGUGGGAGUACUGGAAAACCCAAGGGUGUGCUGCAUACUACUGGAGGAUAUAUGGUAUACACGGCGACCACAUUUAAAUAUGCAUUUGACUACAAGUCGGAAGAUGUAUACUGGUGUACUGCUGAUUGUGGCUGGGUUGCUGGGCAUAGCUACGUUACAUAUGGACCUUUAUUAAAUGGAGCUACUGUUCUGGUCUAUGAAGGGGUUCCAAAUUAUCCAGAUUCUGGACGCUGCUGGGAUAUUGUUGACAAAUACAAAGUGUCUAUUUUUUAUACGGCUCCCACAUUGGUGCGGUCUCUCAUGCGCGAGGGAGAUGAGUAUGUCACUCGGUAUUCACGCAAAUCAUUGCGAGUCCUUGGAAGUGUAGGUGAACCUAUCAAUCCAAGCGCAUGGAGGUGGUAUUUCAAUGUAGUUGGAGAUGCAAGGUGCCCCAUAUCUGACACCUGGUGGCAAACAGAAACGGGUGGCUUUAUGAUUACUCCUUUGCCAGGAGCUUGGCCCCAAAAACCCGGUUCUGCUACUUUUCCUUUUUUUGGAGUUCAGCCUGCCAUAGUGGAUGAGAAGGGGGCAGAAUUGGAAGGUGAGUGCAGUGGCUAUUUGUGUGUAAAGAGCUCAUGGCCUGGAGCCUUCCGGACUCUUUAUGGGGAUCAUGAUAGAUACGAAACGACAUACUUCAGUGCCUUCCCUGGCUAUUAUUUCACUGGUGAUGGCUGCACCAGGGACAAGGAUGGUUACUACUGGCUCACGGGAAGAGUUGAUGAUGUUAUUAAUGUCAGUGGGCACCGUAUUGGCACAGUCGAAGUGGAAUCAGCUCUAGUUUCACAUCCUAAAUGCACUGAAGCCGCCGUUGUUGGUGUGGAACAUGAGGUAAAAGGGCAAGGAAUAUAUGCAUUUGUGACACUGGUUGAUGGAGUUCCAUACAGCGAAGAACUCAAGAAAGAACUUGUGCUCACCGUGAGAAAGCAGAUUGGAGCGUUUGCAGCGCCUGACAAAAUUCAUUGGGCGCCUGGGCUUCCAAAGACGAGGAGUGGGAAAAUAAUGAGAAGAGUUUUGAGGAAGAUUGCUUCUAAGCAGUCGGACGAGCUUGGGGACAUGAGCACACUCGCAGACCCUGCUGUCGUCGACCAGCUCAUCCGUCUUGCUGAUCUUUGAUCAUCAUCAUCAUCAUCAUCAUGAGCAUUGCCUUCCCAUUGUGUUGUAGAUUUGGACUAGUUUCCACUCCUUUCUUUCUUUCUUUCUUUAUACAGCAUUUUUUUUUGUUGAAAAAAGCAAUAAUUAUUAUAAUGAUGAUAACAAUAACAAUAAGUUGGAGUGAGGGAGAGACAUCCAGCUGCGGCCUUUAUUUUCAUUUUCUUUUUUUCGCAGCUCCUAUCUUUGUGCACAUGAAAUAAUAAAAUAGGGAGAAAAAGCAUGUUUUCAUUAUUUGUUCUGAACACAAAGCAAAUCUAGAGAGAUAUAUGUUUUUCUUGGAGUUAUUGUUCAACCUGAAUUUUAUUUUCUAUGUAUUGUGAUAUUAGGGAAAGAAAACUACUUUCUCAUA